CAACUCCUUCACAUUCUCUUCUCUCCUCCAUCCAGCAGCAUCCUCCGGCUCUCUCCUCUUCUUCCACUGUCAGCAACAAUGACCAGCAUAGUAUCAGCCUACACAGACAAGAUCAAGGAAAUGUCCAUGCUGUCUCUGCUCUGCUCCUGCUUCUACACACAGCCACACCCCAACAGCCUCUAUCAGUUUGGAGACUUGGAGGUGAAGGGCUUGAACAAGCGAGUGUCGGGCCAGUCGUUUGAGGUGAUCCUGAAGUGUCCCAAUCAGUCUGGGGACAAAAGCCAGCCUCAGCUGCUGCACUCCCCCCCAAAGAGAGAGGUGUCCCUGGAGGAACUCCAGAAAAGACUGGAGGCUGCUGAGGAGAGGAGGAAGUCCCAGGAGAUGUUGGUGCUGAAGCAGCUGGCAGAGAAAAGGGAGCACGUGCAGGAGGUUCUCCACAAGGCCCGUGAAGAGAACAACAUCUUUAGCAAGAAGACGGAGGAGAAGCUCAUCCAGAAGAUGGAGGUCAUCAAGGAAAACCGAGAGGCCCACCUCAAUGCUCUCAAACAGCGCCUGCGAGAGAAAGAAAUCCACGCUGCCGAGGUACGCAGAAACAAGGAGCUUCAGGCUGACCUCUCUGGCUGAAGAUGUUUUCUACACUCUGGCAGUGGAUGCUACUUUCGAAAAUUUUCUCUGUGUCAAAGUUUUCCUGUUGUUCAGUAUUCAUCACUAUCACCCUACAGUGCACCUUUCAGGACUCAAACUAGUAGUUAGUCAGCACAAACCUAUGUUACUCAUCUGUUUCGUUUUUGGUAAACCAAGUGCAAAAACAUUCUGAUAGCAGAGUCAAGAACAGCUGAAAUAAAGUCCAAUCCUGAGCCAAA